AUGGAUAGUGUUGACAUAAAAAACAUGAUAAUUAAAAACGUCUCUAAAUUAAAAUCGCUUGACGUCAGCCUGGGUCGCAUCGGACUCAGUCAUGAUCUCUCCCCAGAGCAAAGAAAGAAACUGAGGUCAAAGAUAGAGGAGGCAAGGGCAUUGGAAGCUUCUGACAAGGGUGGUGCUGUUGGUAGAAAUAUUGGUGGAAUUAAAAAUGAUCGAACUAAUAAUAACUUUUGUGUGGUUAAAAUAAAAUUGGGUUUACUAAAUAUAAGAUCGAUUGGCUUAAAGUACAACAUUAUUUAUGAUUUGAUCAGUGAUGGUUCGGAUAUUUUUGUUGUUACUGAAUCAUGGCAUGGUUCAUCAGAAAAUCCCUCCAUUGCGUUAUCUACUCCUCCUGGAUACCGCUUUGUAAAUUGUGUAAGAGAUCACGACCCUCUCCAUGGUUCACAGUUAAUAGUCAGGAGUUUAUUUUGCUCGCUAUUUACUAGGGAUGCACCGAAGUUCGGCCCCGGCCAAAAUCCGGCCUUUUUUUCAAAUCCGGCCAAAUCCGGCCCCUGGUGGCCAGAUUUAGGGCCGGAUUUAAGCGUCUAUCAACAUUUAAAAAUUUUAUAA